UCCUCCUCGGUCGGAUGAACCAGACUGCACGCAAGAUGAUGGCUUUUUCCUGGCGUCUGCUGUCGGCCGCGCGACUGGCCGAACGAUCGCGCGAUCCGAUACGGCGUCUUUUGUCGGUCAGCUCGUUUCGCUUCGGCCAAGUGGUACCUUUCAAAUUGACGGACAUCGGCGAGGGCAUACGAGACGUCACGGUAAAGGAAUGGUUCGUGAAACCCGGGGACCGUGUUGCCGAAUUCGACGAGAUCUGCGAAGUGGCGAGCGACAAGGCCUCGGUGACCAUCACGAGUCGCUACGCUGGCCUAAUCAAGACUCUGCACUACAAUGUAGACGAUGUCGCGUUGGUCGGGACAGCGUUAUGUGAUAUUGAGUUAGAGAACGAUUCGGGCGACGGUACGGCGGAUAAAGAUCACGCGGGAGAAACCGUAAAGAACACCGAGAACCAAACGACUGGCAAUUCGGAGACGAGGGAGAUCGGAGAAGAUGCGGCCGAGUCGGAGAUCAGCACCUCGAGGGAAGGGAAGGUGUUGACAACCCCGGCGGUGAGGAGGAUAGCCAGGGAGAACAAUGUGAAUCUGAAUGACGUAAUAGCGACAGGCAAGAAUGGACGAGUGCUCAAGGAGGACUUGCUGGCACACCUGCAGAAAAUUUCCGCAGGCGCGAAAGCCGAGACGGACGUUCCGUUGUCCACGAACGUGUCAGGAAAACCGAUCCCCCUUAAGGGAUACACGAAACAGAUGUACAAAACUAUGACAAAAUCUUUGAGUAUACCGCACUUCGUCUACAGCGACGAAUGCAACGUGGACCAAAUGGUACAUUAUCGGAACGAGUUGAAGGGCGACAUGAAGAAACGCGGAGUCACUCUGACCUUUAUGCCGUUCUUCAUAAAGGCAGCCUCGCGGGCGUUGGAAGAAUGCCCGAAGUUAAACGCCUGGUUGAAUGAGGAAACGCUAUACGUCCUGGACAAUCAUAACAUUGGCAUCGCCAUGGACACACCGGAUGGCCUGGUGGUGCCGAAUAUCAAGAACGUGCAGCUUCUCAACGUCUUCGAGAUCGCGCGGGAGCUCAACAGGCUUCAGGAGUGCGGCAGCAGGUCGUCGAUACCGCUCGCCGACCUCACCGACACGACAUUCUCGUUGUCCAACAUAGGCGUGAUCGGCGGAACGUACACGAAGCCGGUGAUCGUGCCGCCGCAAGUGAUGAUCGGUGCAUUCGGAAAGGCGCAAAAGCUGCCGCGAUUUGACAAUCUGGGAAAUAUAGUUCCAGCCUCCAUAAUGUCGGUCAGCUGGUCCGCGGAUCAUCGUGUCAUCGACGGCGUAACGGUGGCUAAAUUCUCCAAUCUGUGGAAGCACUAUGUAGAAAAUCCGAUACAUCUGAUGAGCGGAGUGUGAAACUGUCUUGGACAUGUAUAUGUAAAUGGGCAUUUUAGUUCUUACGUCACUCACAUAACUGAAAAGAAAAUCAGCAUUAUUGACAUUCGUCAUAAACUUCCUAAUCUUUUUUGAGAAUAUACGGAAAGCUCAAGAUAAACGUAUAGCUAAAAGUAAAAAAAAAAACGUAUUCAGCUUUGUAUAUGAAUUUUGUACAUACUGAUACCUUUUUUCUUAUGUAAAUAUGGCGGUCGACAUGUAGAUUCUGCAUAUAGACGCGGUAUUUAUGUAUACGCGAGCUAUAACAUCCAUUUUUAAAACUAACUUAAAAUAUAAUUUUUCUCGCAAUUUUAAGUAUAUCAUGUCAAAAUAACUGAACAUAAUUUUGUAAAAAAAAAAA